AAGAACUUGAACUUAGUGAGUAGUAGUGAGUGUCAGGUGGAGCAGGAAGCCGAGGAGGACAGUUCGGAGGAUGAAGUGCUCAAGUUUAGUGUGAAGUUACCUUUAAUUAAUGUAGUGCGGCAGAGUGGCAAGCCAUACAGUCACGAACUUAGUCAAUUAUCAACAAAAAAGAGCAAAUCCAAGGACCCUGUAAAGGAAAGGAGGACUCAUGCUGUGACACCGUGUAGUGGAAAGCCCAGAUCUAUGUUAGAUAUUUGUAGUUCCAAAAGCAAGAAGAAAUCUAAGAAAUCUGAUAGUGGCCCCACAUAUCACAGUCAGAUUAUGGACACAAAUACUAUUAAGAUUAAAAUUAGAAGAACAAGUGUUCAUGAAACGGUGCCGCCGACGCCAACGUCGAUAGCCGACAUAGGUCAGAGAAAGUCGAAGAAGAAACGCGCGGCGUCACCGGUGGGCAGCGUGAGCUCCGGCGAGGAGUACGACCCCGCGCGCCCGGACACGGCCGCCGCCAUCAGCGUCGCCGCGCCCAAGCCGCGGCACCCGCCCACCAAGACGAGGAAAUCUAACUCGAAAAGUAAAACCGAAAAGACUGACAAAAGUAGGGUUAGCGGUUCGAGCAGUAAAGAAAGCGGUCCCCAGAGCGCGUGGGCUAGCUCCAUGCCGGAAGAAAUUCUCGUGAAGAUUUUCGAAUACGUAGUGACCUCACAGGGGACUUUGCCUGCCGUUAUCAAGCUGGGCAAAGUGUGCAAGCUGUGGCACGCCGUCAGCCUCCGGCCGGAGCUGUGGAAGCAGGUGGACCUGGCGCAGUACACCAGCGAGAAACAAAAAACCGAUUACAGACUGGUCUCCCUCCUCGAAAAUCGGUUAUCUCAUUGCCAGAGUCUCAAUAUCGCCCAAUGGAAGGUGUGCAACGUGUCAUGGGUACUGGCGUGCCUGGUAGAGUACUGCCCGAAUCUGGUGGAACUGAGCGUGGCGGGCUGGAGUCGUCUCACGCCCGAGCAGCUUUACGACCUCGCGCAAGGGCUGCCUAAGCUGCAGCGACUGGAUCUCUCACUCACGUCGGAGACUGGCGGCUCGAGCACGUGUCUCUCUGCGGGGUCGAUGGCGCGGCUGGCCGCUAACUUCGGCGAGCGCUUCACACACCUCACGCUGGCCAACAACAAGUUCACGGCGCUGCCCCAGAUCCUCUCGUCUAUCGCGGCGCACUGUCCGAAUCUAGAGGUGUUGGAUAUCUCGGGCGCUCGAGCGACGUCACACCCGGCGGCAGUACCCCUUGAGGCGCUGCAGAAAGGCUGCCCCAAGCUGAGGGUGUUCAGGGCUGCCAACUCGCAGCUCGUUCUGGCUUCCGCUACCACGUCACAACAGAUGGAGUGCGUCGGCUGGACGCUGCUAGAAGAGCUGUCAAUUGCGGCGGAGGCGGCGACGGAGCGCGUCGGCGUGGGCGAGUACCGGCUCGGCGACGAGGCGCUGGCGCGGCUCGUGCGCGCCGCCACGCGCCUGCGCCUGCUCGACCUGCGCGGCCUGCACCGCCUGUCCGACUCGGGGCUCGUGCGCGUGCCCGCCUGGGACCUGCAGCACCUGUUCCUGGGCGGUUGUAACGUGACCCGCAAAAGCAACUCAUGCUUGGAGCUGAUCUGCGAGAAGUGGUCGCACAGCUUGCUCGAGUUGGACCUGUCGUGGGCAUCCGCCGAGCGCGUGCUGGACACGGCCGUGUGCGCGCUGGCCGACGCGCCGCACAGCAAGCUUAGAAUUUUGAACUUGUGCGGAUCAUCUGUAUCGUUGGAACCUGUGAAAAAGAUUCUAAUGCGGUGUCCGCACCUAGAGUCGCUGAACCUAGCGGCGUGCCGCGCCCUGCCGCGCGGCAUGAAGCGCCUCUACACCGGCAAGGAGCUGCAGGAUCUCAAGGACAGCUUCGACCCCGCCAAGGCCAAAGCCAAACAAGACUCCGACAAAGAGGACGACGACACUCCGACCAAAAAAGAUAAAAAGUGUCAGGACGAAUCCAAAUCGGAGCCCCUCAAGACGCCCACCCACGGCGACGACGACAAGCCCGCUGCCAAAAUAGAAGCCAAGUCACCUGACAAGUCUUCCUCGAGCGUUUUCCAAGAACCUAAAAGCGUCUCCGAUACCACUGUCAUACCUGAUAAGAAACUUUCCGAUGUUUCGAUGAAAUGUUCCCCAGAUUCUAAGGCGGAGUCUUCCACUAGCAAAGAUGCCGCGGACACUCCCGUCCACACUCCGGAGGGCAAGCACUCUACGAGAGAGCCGACACCGAAACUUCUCAGUCCCAUCGUACAGUCCAAACCCGAUUCCUCUUCCACUCCGAGGUCUGAUUCAGCCAAAACUGAUCUCGGCAGCCCCCACUUCAGUCCCGUGCCAAAACCCGAUAGUCAAGUGCAAAAUAGUCCCGAAGUAUUAUCUGAAUCCUUCAAAAGCAACUCCUGGAACCUGGGACAAUUCAAAACGACCCCUACCCACAGAUCUGAAGCUAGUCCUCUUAAUCGCUUAGACAGCAGGGUGAAAGCUAGUAAAGUUAUAGAACAAUGUAGUCCAACGACUUCACUAGAAAAUAAACUUAGUCCGGAGGUCGUGGGGGCCAAGCAAGACAUAAAGAAUCCUAAUAGUUGGAAUUAUGGUAAUUAUAGUCCAAUGACCAGACAAGAUAGUCAGUUCCCCUCUCAGAAGAGCCCCUACUCCGCGCAGCCGAGUCCGGCGCAACCCAGCCCGUACUCCGCUCAACCUAGUCCAUACUCUACUCAACAAAGUCCAUACUCCUCCCAACCUAGUCCUUAUUCCGCCCAGCCUAGUCCUGACACCAGCCAAAUGGUGAAAUCGGACAUCCCUAAAACCGGAGCGUGGAACGCUGGCAAUUACAGUCCUAUGCCGAAGCCUAUGUUUUCGCCUCAUCCGUCUACCCACACGAGCCCGGAUCCAGGCUUAGGUGUUAAAAGUGACUCCAUAAGAAGCAAUCCCAAUAAAACUCCCGGUCAAUACAGCCCUAUGUCGCGGCAAGAUCGAUUGCACCAGAGUCCGUACUCCCCGCGACCCAGCUCAGAAAAUGUCGCUUACAACAACAAAAAGAGCCCCAGCGUCGGCGGCUACAGCCCCAUGAUGCGGCCGGACUGCCACCUGCCGAGCCCGGACGGCGGGCAGAGCUCGAGGCCGGCGAUAGGGCGGACGCAGGACAUGUACGGACGACCGGCGGCGAAGCUGCCCGACAUGAUGGCCGGCGGAGGCGCUGAGCUGCCCGGCGCGUGGGGCCUGGACCGGUUCAGCCAGCUGGGCAACCCGAGCAUGGAGUCGCUGGUGUGGGGCGCCGGCGGCUCGUACUCCGCGGAGUCGACGCAGGCCGCGCCGCGCCUCGACAACAUUCCCUCCAUGCUGAACACGCCGCCCCCGCAGGCGUGGCCCGGUCUGCCCUCGUUCACGUCCAGUGCGCGGAGACCCAACAACGACAUGAGUGACCCGUGGACAUUAGGCCAGUUCCGUGUGGAGCCCCCUCACCAAGUGCACAACACGUUCGUGGAGCAGAACGUGUCGUUCGACUCGCUGAGCGCGCCGCACGCGCUGCCGCACCUGCCGCAGAGUUACCUGGGCGACGGCUUCUCGGGCUCGCGCCUCGAAUGACGCCCGGCCAACCAUCUCGCCGCGCUCUCUGCGUAUGUAUACACCUUGAACAAUUAUCUUGUAGAGAUUGUAUAUAAGAUUAUCUUUUUUAGAUGUAGCAUUAACAAACGUAGGUUUGCAUUAAAAUUAUUUUGCAGCCUAUGAUAGGAAGACGAGAGCUGAAUAUUAUAUAGUUAAUUCAUCCAUCUUAGAAGUUGGAUUAUACACUGAGCUAGAUUUUAGAGUGAUUCUUUCUUACGAUACCAAACAGUUUUCAUACCAUUUAAGAGACCAAGAUGAUAUUCUGCUUUCCCGACGCGACAUCAUGUUUUUGCAGAGGCGAUACGUUUUUUACAAUCUGCAGGUACAGAUAUUUUGCCUUUGAUUAGUUACACCGGUUAGUAAAUCGUACAGGAGUUAUAUAUAUAUAUAUAUAUAUGUAUACAUAAAUGUUAUAUUGACGUAUAUAUUGUCAAGGCCUUGUUAUUCGAGGAGCCACGUGUUUUACAAAUAUACCUCAGUAGAUUAUGAAAUAGUGCCUCAGAAUCUCGAUAGUGAGUAUAAUUUACAAACGAUUAUUAGAAGCAGAAGUUUGAAUCAUCCGUUAAUAAUACUACUGGCUGCAAGAGAGGGCUGUGCUGAACUAUGUGAUGUAGGUAACGCGCGCUAAUAGCUAACCGUAUACUAUCAAAACUGAGUUACCUAAAACUAAACAUCUUUAAGAGUUGUGUCAAAAUUUAACACAUUCGUUAAGCAUGGUUCAGGCAACCCAUUCUCUCUGAAGGCCUGUGUGUCGAGAUAGUAAGCCUUGAAUGUACAUAGGUAAUGCAGAAGCAUGCCUCUCAUUUCGCUUCUAAUGUUACAGCGUCUGAGUGCUUAUUUCGCGUCGAAAAGAUACAUUUAUCAUAGGAUAAUCUUGUUUCUUUCCUAUGUUCUUGGUUUUAUAUGAUUGUUGGUACUCAUUCAAUAACAUUCAUGACCAGUCAUACCGGUCAAAAUUACGCAGACGCGUAUGCGUAGUGUCAGGGCGAGAUAAGUUGCUAUUGCAGUUGAUUUUGAUAGCCCUGCGACUGCGAGGGUUAAGUGAACACAAUCAUUUCAUCGAGAAUGGAUAAUUUUAUAAUAACAUUUGCAGUAUUUGCACCGGCGAGGCUAUCAAAAUCGUUUCUUAUUAUAUAACUUAUCUUCGACUGAUUCUAUGUAUACAUGUUUAAAUCUUAACGGCAUAAAUGACUGCUGCUUAAUUAGCUCACUUGAGGCUUCCUAUAUUCAUCAACUUGGUCUUACAAUUUUAUAUGAAUUGUUUUCUGUAACAGUGUGUACACUCGAUAACAUGCAAUAACAAUGAACAUUCCUUUUGUAUAAAAAAUAUUUAACAGUUGUUUUCACAUUGCAAAAUAUUAUCUGUAUACAAAUAUUUGUAUUAUUAUAUGCUUUAGAUAAUUGUUUAAGUUGGUUUGUGUUACUUCUUCAAGACAUCAUAUCAGAUAUUUUCUAUUUUAUAAAUACUUAUUUAUUAGCAUAUUUUGUAUGAUAUAACAUCACUCUGUUUCUAAGAAGUAGUACAAUAUCACAAAGCUCACAUUAUUAAUGCUAAUAAAUAACUGCUACUUUUUGUUUGAUAUACCGAAUAGUCAGAAAAAAUAGGUCAAAUUGUCACUCUGCGUCGAUAAAACUUUCUUAAGCUGACUAAUAUACUCUUGUCCAAAGAGCUCUAAUUAAAACUAAUUGACAAAGUAUAAAUUUUUAAAUGUCUUGAUAAUAUGAUUCGUCAUCUCAUUUGUUACAACGCGUUAGUGUAAGCAUUCAAAUUAAUAUAAAUUAAGAUUGAGCCGGGAAUCGGUAGAGCAGCUAUUAGUUAUCGUAAGGUGUUUGUCACGGAUUUAUGAGAGAAACGCUAGGACAUAUCCACAGUAAAUAAGGUUAGAGUGGGAUCGGGUAAGCGAUGGCUUGUGGCGACUGACAAUCGUAUAUGGCUAUA